GAUGGAAGCGAUGCCACAGUCCGCUUCUCCAGCAAAGGGCGUUGGAAAGGCCAGUGGGCACAGGUGGCGGACAAGAUUGUUGAGCAAGAGACGACCUGGAGCAGCAUGUCCUUGAAAAGGAGAUACGAGAACUGCCUUGAGUUCCUGGAUACCUGGGAGAAGGUGUCGCAAGGAGUUCAGAUGCGGCGCUUGAAUUCGUGGACAACCCUGGUCCAUGUCGACUCGAGCAAGGCCGUAUGGUCCCGCAUGCCUUCUAUGCCGCUCAUUGAGAUGUCGAGUACCGAAGAGAACAACGAGGAGUUCUGGAGCUGGAUCUUCGUGUGGCAGCGCCUGUCCUUCCAGCAGCUUCUGACCUGGGAACGGAACACCUGCACCCAGCCCCGAAUGCUGGCAGCCACGACGAAUCAGAUCACUCAGCGCCUUGCUGAGCUCUGGAAAUCCACUCCCAGCUGCCGCCUCUGGAUCCGUUGGACCCUCUCCACCAUGGGACGUGGUGGGUCUGCUGGUCAGCAGAUUCGAGAUGAGAUCUUGGUCAUCAUGCAUGCCCAUGGUAUCAAGGAGAUCCACGGCACGUACUACGAGCAGUGGCAUCAGAAAUUGCACAACAACACCACCCCGGCAGACAUCGGCAUUUGCCGUGCGAUCAUCGCCUACCUGAAGAGUGGUGGCGACUUGGGAAUCUACUGGAAGGUCUUGGCGGAGCACGACAUUACCAAGGAGCACCUGCACUCAUACAGCCGGCCGAUUACAACGGAGCCGUUCAUGGUCCACACGGAUAUCGGACGCCUCGUCGGCGACUUCGAGAGGUAUCUGGGCAUCCUGCGCAGCGUCCACGAUGCCCUAGACUUGAAGCUUUCCGUCGACCAUGCCAAGCAUUGUCUGUCUGGCAACUUGCAAGGCAAACUCUACGACCUGUGCAACAUGGGAGGAACGGGCUUCAACAGUUUGGACGAGGGUCAUGGAAAGUUCAUGCGCAUUGCCGCUGCCAGAGAUGACGUUCUUGCAAUCCUGAACAACAAGGGGACCGACCCCGGGGUGAUCAAGCAGUUGUUGGUGAUCGACUACACUCUUGAAACACAGCAGAGUGUUCUUGUCCAGGGUCUGACGAGCGAGUCUCGACUUCCACAGCUUGUUGACCAGUUAAGAGCUUUGCUGACGGCGCUCGUCGGCCACUUGCCCCAGGAGGAUGAGCUUCAAGCUCUCCUGGCAGAUUGGAACUCCUUCGCCUCCAACUGCGCCUCCCAGCGCUCAGAGGAAGCAGCACUUCUUCUGAAGGCCCUAGCCGAUCGCAUCAGCCGGGUGGUUGGUGAGCUGUCGGACAAAUGCCAGACGAUGAUGGGUCCGAAGGUGGCCUUUCUCGGAGAAGCAGCUGACAUCCCGAAGAAGAAUAUUGACGUUUUCGUGGAUGAGGUGCUGCGAGGCACAUCGCUAAUGGCCGUGAGUCUGAUUCUGCAGCGAGUGGAGCCGGUUCUGCGGGACAUUGCUCACUUGCCGCCUUGGCAGAUGAUCUCGCCCGUGGACAAGCCCAUUCAGGGCGUCUUCAAGCUCAUCGACAAGAUGAUGGGGGUGCAGGGCGAAAUCUUCCACACGCCCACGAUCCUGCUAAGCGGGGCAGUCAGCGGUGAGGAGGAGGUUCCCGAUGGAGUUCUGGGUGUUCUUGUGCGAAGUGCGAAGGAAGCGCCCGACAUCCUUUCACACUGCGCCGUACGUGCGAGGAACUUCGGUGUACUUCUGGCGACGUGCUUUGACCCAAAGAUCUCGGAGAAGCUCGCAUCCGACUUCGCAGACAAAUGGGUGGAAGUGAGGUGCAAACCCGAUGGAACACUGACCAUUGCCGAGGUUGAGAGGCCAAGCAACACGGAGGAAGACGACAAAGCGAAAGCUGAAGCGGACGCAGCCAAGGUAGCAGAGGCCGAGGUCAAGAUGAACUUGACCAAUGACCUGGGAUGCUCUUGGUGUGUCCGCCCAGAUGAGAUGACGAGGUCCAACGUCGGCUCCAAGAGUUUGAAUCUCGCCCUCCUGCGGCCGAAACUUCCGCCCGGGAUCCUCACGCCGCAGGCGGUGGCAUUGCCAUAUGGCACCAUGCAGAAAUCACUGACAGACGACUGCAACAAGGACGUCCUGCCAAUGCUAGAGAAGGUCCUCAAUCGCCUGCAGCCAUCAACCUCGAAUGAAGACGCACAGGUCAUCUUCGAGGAAGCACAGCAGCUCGUGGAGUCCAUGCGUUUUCCUAAGGCGCUGAAGGAGGCGCUGAAUUUCGCGAUGAAGGAAGUGGCCGAUCGUGACGGUGAAGACAGACUUGCAAAGCUGUUCAAAGAGCGUGAUGCUUGGCAAGCCAUCAAAGGCGUUUGGUCCUCGCUGUUUGCGCUUCGACCAUGGGUGUCCUUGGCAAAGGCUGGCCGCAGCUUCCACGACCUCAACAUGGCCGUGUUGGUCCAGGAGUUGGUCGAGGCGAAGUAUGCCUUUGUGCUCCACACUGUGAACCCUUUCACUAAGGACAAGGAGGAGCUUUAUGGAGAGAUCGUCGCAGGGAGAGGCGAAACUUUGGUGGGGAACUUCCCUGGCCGCGCCUUGAGCUUCGCCGUGCGUCGAGGGGGUGGCGAGCCGCGAGUUCUGUCCUAUCCGAGCAAAAGUGUGGCCCUCCACACACAGCAUUGUUUGAUUUUCCGAUCCGACAGCAAUGGUGAGGAUCUUGAAGGUUUUGCUGGCGCUGGACUCUUCGAAUCUGUUUGUGCUGAGGAGGACAAAGAAGGAUUCCAGCGUCUUCAUCGCUUGGGAAUCGUGGCAGAUGCCAACUACAGAAGGGAUCUGCUCAAGCGCAUCGCCGAGGUGGGAUGGGCAACCGAGAAGGCCUUCGAUGGAGCGCCGCAGGAUAUCGAAGGCUGCGUAGAUGUCAGAGAGCGCAUUUUCAUUGUACAAAGCCGGCCUCAGGUGUAG